UAGCCACUUGUUUAGAAUUCCCGAAAGAUGGCGGCGGCGCCUCCAGAUGAGGCUAGCCUGCAGUCUCGCAUCAAUAAAGCCACCAAUCCUCUGAACAAGGAGACUGACUGGGACAGUAUCAAGGGAUUUUGUGAUCAGCUCGACAAUGAACCAGAAGGUCCUCAGCUUGCAACCAGACUUCUGGCCCACAAAAUCCAAUCUCCCCAGGAGUGGGAGGCAAUGCAAGCGCUUAUGGUUCUUGAGACGUGCAUGAAGAACUGUGGGAAGCGAUUUCACAGUGAAGUGGCAAAGUUUCGCUUUCUCAAUGAACUCAUCAAAGUGGUCUCGCCCAAGUAUUUGGGAGCCCGGGCUCCAGAACCGGUGAAGAAGAAGGUUUUAGAAAUGAUGUACAGCUGGACGGUGAGGCUGCCAAAUGAGACCAAGAUAGCAGACGCGUAUCAGAUGCUGAAAAAACAGGGCAUUGUCAAACAGGAUCCUGUGCUUCCUGAUGACAAGCCCCUCCCUCCCCCUGCACCUAGAGCCAAAAGUGCCAUCUUUGAGGAUGAGGAGAAAUCUAAGACGCUGUCUCGCUUACUGAACAGCACACACCCUGAAGAUUUAAGAGCAGCAAACAAGCUCAUUAAGGAAAUGGUUCAAGAGGACCAAAAGCGAGUGGAGAAAGUAUCAAAAAGAGUGAACGCCAUCCAGGAGGUGAAGGAGAGUGUCAGCCUGCUGAACCAGCUGCUGGAGGGCUACAGCAAGGAGAGCUGCUCCCAGAGCAACCAGGAGCUCAUUAAGGACCUUUACCAGCGCUGUGAGAAAAUGAGGCCUACGCUCUUCCGAUUAGCAAGUGAUACAGAGGAUAAUGAUGAAGCUUUAGCGGAUAUCUUGCAGGCCAAUGACAGCUUGACACAGGUCAUCAAUCUGUACAGACAGCUGGUAAAGGGGGAGGAGGUGACAAAAGAUGACAUAACUGUGCCCUCACAACCAGGGAGCAGUAGUUCAGCACUUGUAGACCUGACGGGAAUUACCAUUUCAGCCGAUGCAGCACCGUCCAACCCAGAGACCUCCAACCUGCAGACUCUGACUCAGAACUUGGGCGUGAGCCUCCUGGAUGAUGAACUCAUGUCACUGGGACUGAAUGUAACAGAAAACUGUGACUCUCAGAACUCUUUCCAGUCGGCAGAGAUCACAGAAUCAUCUGCUCCAUCAGUGCCAGCUGCAGUGUUGCUGCCAGCUGUUGUCCGAACACCACACACUGCACCAGCAGGGGGCUCCGCUGCUCCUCCUAAAGCCAUGGAAGAGCUUGAUUUGCUGGGAAAGACAUUGUUGCAGCAGUCCCUACCUCCAGAGAGCCAGCAGGUCAAAUGGGAUAAGCUGCAGCCUCAGUCUAGAGUCACUUUACGAGAUCUCCAAACUAAGUCCACCACCAACUCUAAACCCGCUCCUCCUGCAGCCACCACCACGUCUGGUCCUGCUUCUGCUCCCCGACCGACGUCCAGCCAGCCAGAGCAGCCUGAUGCUCUUCUCCUUUCCAAUCUUAGUCUGACAGUUGUUGAAAAAAGCUCUUUACCUGCCGCUGAUCCCUAUGAAAGCAUCUCUCUAGCUGAUGUUACAGUGCCUCUGGAAUCAAUCAAACCUAGCACCUUGUUACCAGUGACUGUAUUCGACAAACAUAGUCUUCGUGUUUUGUUCACCUUUGCCCGCGACUGUCCUCCGUCGAGACCUGAUGUGCUGGUGGUGAUCAUCUCCAUGCUGUCCUCAGCCCCGAUUCCAGUCACCAACAUCCGCUUCCAGGCAGCUGUUCCCAAAGUGAUGAAAGUAAAGCUGCAGCCUCCCACCAGUACUGAUCUACCGGCCUUUAAUCCCAUCCUGCCUCCAGCUGCCAUCACACAGAUUUUGCUGUUGGCAAACCCUCUUAAGGAAAAAGUGCGUUUGCGGUACAAACUAACUUUCAACCUGGGGGACAAAUCUCACGAUGAAUCUGCCGAUGUCGACCAGUUCCCACCUCCAAGCACUUGGGGGAACCUUUAGGGAGAAGGACCAGCCUCCCGUCAUCUGAUCUGCUGCUUCCUUUACAUUUAGGUUGAAGUUGUCCGUCAGCACUGGCCGAGGCAAGACGACCUCGUCACACUUUUCUCCGGUUUGGAAAUACAGACAUGAGAGCAGUUGUGGGAACCAGCUUCUACCUUGUGCCUUUCCAUCGUUACUCGAUCAUGUCCAUAUUCCUGAGUGUUGUCGCUACUUUCUCCUCUUCCAACAAUCAGUCCAGCGCAGUGAUAUACAGUCGACUUUCAGAAACAUUCAAUCCAGUGAAUUUUUGGAAAACAAGUUGAGCCUUUAAAAAACUGAAAGUGGGAAUUUAUUCGUACUGCUAAACAAAUCCCAUGUCAUGUGAAUCACAUACAACAGCUGGUCUUUUUUGUUGUUUUUUAAGAAAGCUAUUUCUACCAUUGGAUUCAAAAUGCUGCAACGUUCACCUGCACAUUAGAGUUGUCACAGUUUGUUUUGUUGCAACAAACCAUUUUCUGUCGGUCAGUAGAGCUUCUCUGCUUCUCCUUCUCAAGUGAUAUUUUAAAAAUGCAGUUCAUGACAGUAUAUUAGUCUAUUUAACUUCACAGAAUUUAAAUUGGCAGAUGAACUGAUGAAUUUGCUCAUUGCUGCAGCACAACUUAAUCAUUUGCAGGAAGAGAUGCAGUGGUAUCAUUCUCUACUUACUAGCAAACCACUUCCCCUUUAAACCAACGCUGGUGAUGUUUGUAAAACACAGCUGGAAAUAAUGAAACUGAGUAAUUCCCACAUCUGAAAUCAUUGUAGUGGGUUUCUCCUUGAGUAACCAAAUUAUCCAGAGAGCACAAAUAUUGAAUCGGUAUAUAAUUUUUAAGAGUCAUCUGGAUUUUAAUAUGUUUGAAUAAAUUACGGUUAGGUGGCGUGUGUGUCUAGGCUGUAAUAAAAGGCCUUUUUCACAGCAGAUAUGUUGACACGGCAUGACAGGAAAAGCACAGGCGUUCCAAAAAACAUUGACAAUGACUUUGUUGUACAUUGUGAGGGUGAAAGUAGCCAUUCAUUCACUCCAUUUAACGCUGUGCUUUUCCUGCUGUGACAUGACACAAGGCCGAACAAUGAAGGGCAUCUAAUCUUUGCCCCUUUACUUUUUAUUUCUGUACUUUUCUGUUAUCAAAAGAUCGGGACACUUUUUUUUUUUUUACAUUAUGUUUCACUCAGGAUAUUAAUUUGGAGAUUUUUUUUCUUACACAACCUACAAUUACAUGCACUUAUUUUGUUAAAAUUUUGCACAUGAAAUCAUUUCCUUUUUCUGUACAUUUGUCUUUUUGUCAUUUUCUGCCUUUCUACUGUUGAUUGACCCAAAGAGGGACAUGUGAAGUCCUGAGUUGACGUCACUGACAUCUGGUUUGAUUCUACCACAUGUGCCUGAGAUGAAACGUUUUGCUUUUCUUUUGCUCUGUACAUAUAUGUAUACUAAUGACUUGAUCCUUGUUUUCAUGUGUUCAUGUCCUUACCAGAAAAGACUCAAAUGGUGUUACUGAAUCAUUCUAAUAUCCAUAAGUUGAUUGGAUCAUGGGUCUACAAGCAUAAAGACUAAAAUAAAAUGAGACUGGAGGCAGA